AUGAAACAAAUUGAUGAUCUUGGUUUCAAUAAUUCUCAUUCCAUUAAUACGCAAAUGAAUAUUAAUGACAAAAUCAUAGCAUUUAAUGGAAAAAUUGACAAUCUUAUGUGCGCUCUACAAAGUACAAUUGACUAUCUUUUUAUGGUUUUAUUAUCUGAGACUACCACGCUUUUAAUUAUGGAAGACUUUAAAAAAGAAAUAUUAAUCGAUAGUGAAAAUGAUGGUAGUGAUGAUACUGAUGAAGAAGAAA